AUCAGAUACACCUAAACGCAGCCUCGGCUUUCCAACAUACUGAAAUUCCACAAAAGCACGAACAAUGACUCCGAAGAUGCCAAACUGCUCUUUCAUCCUUUUUCUCAUCAUCUUCCAAGCAGUGGCUGCUUCUAGCCUCACCAACGAAACAGACUACGAAGCCUUAAUUGCAUUCAGAGGUCAGAUUACUUCGGACCCAUCCAAUGCCCUCAGCUCAUGGAACGGUUCAAUCCACUUCUGCAAUUGGAACGGAGUAACCUGCGGAAAGAAGCAUCAGCGGGUGACCGCACUUGAGCUCCCAUCGCUCAAGUUGGCAGGUACUUUGCCUCCUCAUAUUGGAAACCUUACUUUCCUCAGGAUGCUUAACAUCUUCGAGAAUGGUUUCUCUGGGAUACUACCGGAAGAAAUUGGUCGCUUGACGAGGCUGCAGACUCUUUCUCUAGACAACAAUUCUUUCGAGGGAGAGCUACCAAGAAAUCUUACCAAUUGUGCUGAUCUUUCACAUAUGGGCUUAGGCGGGAAUAAUUUUCAUGGGUCAAUUCCUGAAGGACUCGGUUCUCUUAUAAAGCUCGCUGUAUUAUGGCUAUACACGAAUCAAUUCACUGGCAAAAUCCCGCCAUCGCUGGGCAACCUUUCGGCUCUUACAGAUCUUGCUUUGGCAAAAAAUCACAUAGAAGGAGACAUACCGCCACAACUUGGUCAGCUUUCAAAAUUAACGCACCUUCGGUUACAACUCAACGAUCUUUCUGGUCCCAUUCCCCCUUCCCUUUACAAUAUCUCUUCCAUUGUCAUGUUUGCGGUUGGUGGCAACAAUCUAAGCGGGUCUCUUCCUUCUGAUCUGUUCCUAACAUUACCCAAACUUCAGGGGCUGUAUCUCGGCAUUAAUAUGCUUUCAGGACCGGUUCCAUCUUCAAUAACCAAUGCUUCUGAACUCGUGGUAAUUGUUUUAUCUUCUAAUGCCUUUACGGGACCGAUGCCGACAGACCUGGGUGGACUCAAAAAGUUGCAGUCUCUAUUUCUUGGUGGCAACCUUCUAGGAACUGAACAAGGUGAUGAUUUAAGAUUCCUUACUUCCUUAAACAACUGCACUGACCUACGUGCAGUGUGGGGAAAUUAUAACAAUCUCAAGGGGACAAUUCCGGAUUCUGUUACGAAUUUCUCGACCACCUUUACUUUACUCGCUCUGCAUGAAAACUUCAUAUCAGGAGCCAUUCCUUCAAGAAUAGGGAACCUCGUAAACUUGGAGUGGCUCACUCUGUAUGAUAACAUGCUUACGGGAAGAAUCCCCGACUCCAUAGGGGAACUAUCCAAGCUGCAGCUCUUCUCCAUUGGCCUGAAUAAUAUCUCGGGUGUAAUUCCGUCCUCCAUUGGCAACAUGACUUCAAUCAUCUAUUUUUUUGUAUUGAGAAACAUGUUAGAGGGGGCCAUACCCUCAUCCAUAGGGAACUGCGCACAUCUUAGUGAAGUAGAUUUCUCCCAGAACCACCUUGUUGGCAAUGUACCUGAACAACUUUUUGGUCUUAGUCUGGUCUCAAUCGAAGCAGCGCAAAAUAAUUUGACAGGUCCAAUUCCAUAUCGAAUUGGUAAGUUGGUGAAUCUCCAAAACUUAGAUCUUUCAGAGAACAACAUGUCUGGAGAAAUCCCAUCCACUAUAGGUGAUUCUGUGGUGUUGCAAUGGCUAUACUUGCAGGGCAACCACUUUAGUGGAACCAUCCCGCCUUCCAUGUCAAAUCUAAAAGGCAUAGCAUUCCUCGAUCUUUCUAGAAAUAAUUUCUCCGGUCAAAUUCCUGGGUUUUUUGCUGAUAGACCAUUCAUCCAGAAUCUCAAUCUCUCCUUUAACAUGUUUGAGGGUGAAGUGCCAAACCGAGGAGUCUUCCAGAACCUCAGUGUUGUUUCAGUUACUGGAAAUAGUAAGCUCUGUGGAGGACCGCUGGGCUUACAGUUGCCAAAAUGUAUAGAAGCAGCACCGAAGAAAGGACAUAAGUCACAAUCUCGGAUGACGGCUCUGGCAAUUGGUAUCUCAGUCUCCAUAUUUUUACUACUAACAGGAGUCAUCAUCAGCGCAAGGUUCUUCUAUAGGUCGAGUAGGUCAGUAAGGGAAGAAACAGUAACUUCGCUGACUGAAGAUCGUCACCUGAAGCUUUCUUAUAUGGAACUUUCUCAAGCGACUGAUGGAUUCUCUCUUGCAAAUAAGAUUGGGGAAGGAAGCUUUGGUGUAGUCUAUAAAGGGAUUCUACCUAGCAGUGAACAGACUGUUGCCGUGAAGGUACUUAAACUUCAAGAACGGGGAGCAAGAAAGAGUUUCAUGGCUGAGUGCGAAGCUCUAAGAAACAUUCGUCAUCGGAAUCUUGUCAAGACUAUCACCUGUUGCUCGACCUUGGAUUCCCAAGGAGGAGAUUUCAUGGCCCUCGUGUUCGAGUUCAUGGAGAAUGGGAGCCUCGAGAAAUGGCUGCAUGCAGUUCCAAAUGAAGCAGGAGGAAGUGAGACUGACAUGACACUAGGUUUACUACAGAGGUUAAACAUAGCCAUUGAUGUGGGCAAUGCAUUAGAAUAUCUCCACCACCAUGGCCAAACACCAAUAGUUCACUGCGACUUGAAACCGAGCAAUGUUCUUCUCGACAGCGAGUUCACAGCAUAUGUAAGUGAUUUUGGCCUGGCAAAGUUUCUCAUGGGCGACCAAGCAUCAGGGAGGACAGAGACUAGUUCGAUUGGGAUUAGAGGAACUAUCGGCUACGUUGCCCCUGAAUAUGGUGUCGGAGGAGAGGUAUCCACAAAGGGCGACGUAUACAGCUUUGGCAUUCUCUUGCUCGAGCUAUUCACUGGGAAAAGACCCACAGCCAUGUUCAGUGGCGAUUUCGGCCUUCAUGAAUUUGUUGAGAGAUCACUUCCUCAUGGGUUGGAUCAGGUGCUAGACCCGUUGCUUCGCUUGAAAGACGUGCAGGGCAACCUCCAUGAAUGCUUGGUCUCAAUCCAGCGAGUUGGGCUGAUGUGCUCUGCUGCUCAACCAAAUGAGAGGAUGGACAUUAGCAAAGCGGCAGUAGAAUUGCAGAAGGCACGAAGUAUUCUCUUGCGAGGGAAAACAGGGCGUGAGAGUUGUGUGCUCGAUAUAUAAAAUGGUACAUCCACUUGGGAGUUUUUCACAGUUAUUGUUAGCAUCAUCCAGUCGGGAUUCGAGUCUUUCUGAAAGGCUGAAUCAGGUGGUAGACAUCCAUCUCCAGCCGAUAGUUGCUAGCAAAACACCAUCUCCUAAGCAAGAUUUAUGUGCUUAUCAUUGAAAGUCGGCAUUUUUUCCCACCCCUUUUGUAAGAUUGUCACAUCCUGAACAUUUGACAAAAAUUCCCCUAAAAUUUCUAGAUAUCUAUUUAUUUCACAAACCUGUUAUAUAUUUUUCCAUCAAUGCAUAAAUAUAGAAAUAUAUAUAUAUAAGUAAUC